AUGAUGUUCCGAGGUUUACUAAUAUUGGCGUAUUUCUGUUUCAGUUGCAUUUUUGUAUCAGCAGCAUCCAUUAACCCCAUUGGCAUAAGUGGUAAGCGUUUCGUUGAUACAGUAACUGGAGAACCAUUUUUCAUUAAAGGAGUUGAUUAUCAACCAGGCGGUUCCUCAGAGGUAAACAGUGCCCAAGAUCCGCUGUCUGAUCCAGACACAUGUGCACGUGAUAUUAUAUUAUUCCAAGAACUAGGUAUUAAUACAGUUAGGAUAUACUCUGUUAAUCCUGAAUUAAACCAUGAUGAAUGUAUGACAAUGCUGGGUAUGGCAGGAAUAUAUUUAAUCUUAGAUGUAAAUUCACCUUUAGAAAAUCAACAUUUAAAUAGAUAUGAACCAUGGACUACGUAUAAUCAAGAUUAUUUAGAACAUGUAUUUCAGGUGGUUGAACAGUUUUCUGGAUAUAAUAAUACACUGGGAUUCUUUGCAGGUAAUGAAGUCAUUAAUGACAAGAGAUCUGCACAAUAUUCUCCACCUUAUGUCAAACAAUUGAUUGGUGACAUGAAAACGUACAUAAAUCAGCAUUGUGACAGAGACAUUCCCGUUGGAUAUUCUGCAGCUGACGAUUUAAAGUAUAGAGUACCACUGUCUAAAUACCUUGAAUGCACCGAUAAGGAUGGUAAAAUUACGAAUGUUGAUUUUUAUGGGGUCAAUUCAUAUCAGUGGUGUGGAAAACAAACUUUAGAGAGUUCAGGGUAUGAUAAGUUGAUUGAGGCAUAUAGCGAUUACUCUAAGCCUGUUUUUUUCUCUGAAUUUGGAUGUAACAGAGUGCUCCCACGAACAUUUGAUGAAGUGAAAGCUUUAUUCUCCAAGGAUAUGUAUGAUGUUUUUAGUGGUGGCUUAGUCUAUGAAUUCACACAAGAACCUAAUAACUAUGGAUUAGUUGACAUUAAAGAAGAUGGCAGUGCGACGAUAUUGGAGGACUUUAAUCAGUUGAAGAAUCAUUAUAAAGGUUUAGCAUUGCCAACAAAGAAGGAUUUCAUGUCAGCCAUGUCGAAAAAUGAACAAAUUGAACAAGCUUCAAUGAGUAAUUUACCAUUAUGUUCCACGAAGUACGAAAAUAUAAAUAUCAUUACCAAAGUAGCUAAAGAUUUAGCGAAGCCAUUGAUUAAGAAAGGUAUCUCGAUAGAGAAAGGCCAUUUUGUAGAUCUUGAUCCUGAAAAUUUGAAAUCCAAAUACAAAUUUUAUGAUAAUGCAGGUGGAGAACUUCCUAGCUUAAAUUCCAUGAGGAUUGUCAACAACUUCGACUCUAGUAAAGGAUCUAAGGAUAAAUCCAGGAAACCCAAAAAAAAUGAAACGAACAAAAUUAGUAUAGUCGAUUCCGUGUGGUUAUGCUUUGCGAUAGUGUAUAUAGUAUAUCAAUUUGUUUAA